AUGAAACAAGAAAUCAAUAAUUUUAUGCAGACAGAUACUGAAUCUGUAUACCAGGCAUGGGAAAGAUUAAACUCAAUGUUAAGAAAAUUCCCGCAUCAUGGUAUCCAAGAUUCUGAUAUUUUAUAUAUUUUUUAUCAUGGUCUUAAACCCUCUGCUAGAAAUGUAAUUGAUGCAGCAUCAGGAGGAUCUAUAAUGGGCAAAACCACUGCAGAAGCCAUACAAUUACUGAAUGAAAUUUCAGAAAAUGCUAUUCAAUGGCCUUCAGACAGAAUGAUUAUCAAGAAAGCAGAAGGAGUGAAUCCAGUUGAAGCUUUAAAUUCAUUGACACAACAAAUUGCAGCUCUCACACAAAAAGUCGAGGCUAUUCAGGUAAAUGCGCACUCACCAUCUCAACUUGAGAAUUGUGAUGUAUGUGGAGGUAGUCCUAUGGAACAAAAACAUCCAGGAUUCCAAUGGAGUAAUCCUAAUGGUGCUGAAAAUUCCCAACGAUUUUUUAAUCAAAAGCAACAAGUACAGGCACCACCUGGUUUUCAAAAUCAAAACAGAGGGCAGCAAAGUUUUCAACAGUACGAACAACAGCCCCAAAGAACGCAUCAGCCAGGCCUUGAAGACUUGAUAUACAAAUACAUUAAGACUGCUGAUGAAAAAAUGGAAAGCCAAAAUUCAGCCAUCAAAAAUUUGGAAAUUCAGGUAAGCCAAUUAGCAACCCUCAUGUCAGGACAAAUUCAAGGUACUCUACCGAGCAAUACCGAGAAGAAUCCAAGGGAGCACCUCAAAGCCAUUGCCCUACGGUCAGGUAAAGCUCUUGAUGAUCCAUAUGCGGAUCGACAAGGAACUCCACGAGAGGUAGAACAGCUUUACAUUAAUAUACCUUUCACAGAUGCUUUGACACAAAUGCCUUCUUAUGCUAAAUUUCUGAAAGAUAUUUUGUCAAGUAAAAGAAAAUUGGAAGAACUUUCUGUCGUUAAGCUUACAGAAAAAUGUAGUGCUAUACUUCAAAAUAAGCUUCCACAAAAACUUAGUGAUCCAGGAAGUUUUACAAUUCCUUGCACUCUAGGAGGUGCUCAUUUUGAAAAAGCAUUAUGUGAUUCAGGUGCAUCAAUAAAUCUAAUGCCUUUUUCAAAUUUUAGGAAAUUAGAACUUGGUGAAAUAAAAGACACUAGUGUGUCUCUUCAACUGUCGGAUCAAAGUACUAAAAAACCGAAAGGAAUAAUUGAAAAUGUUCUUGUAAGAGUCGACAAAUUUAUAUUCCCAGCAGAUUUUAUAGUACUUGAAAUGGAAGAAAAUACUGAGGUGCCAUUAAUGUUAGGUAGACCAUUUCUCGCUACAGGUAGAUCAAUUAUUGAUGUCCAUCAAGGACAAUUGAUACUACGAGUUGAUGAAGAAAGAGUGAUUUUUGACAUGCAGAAAAUAAUGAAAUUUCCCGAGGAUGAGUUAUCAUCUUCUUGUUUUCAAAUUGACCUGCUAAAUGAUCUUGCAGAUGAAUACAAAGAUGAUCAGUUGAUUACUUAUUCAUUGGAAAGAUGUUUGUCCAAAUUAGGUUCGACAAGUGAUGAUGACCCCAUAAUAAAAGAAGAAGCUGAAACACUUGAAAAAGAUUUCAAAAAUGAGGAAGUCCCACCAGAAGUUCAACCAAAAAUUGAACUCAAAACUCUUCCUUCUCAUUUGAAAUAUGUUUUUCUUGAAUCUGAAUUUUUUCCAGUAAUCAUAUCAUCUUCUUUAACUACAGUGAGAAAAUCAGAAGAUUUGCUAUUCCUAUACUACCGUAAUACAUAUCAGAGAAUAUAA